AAUAAUUUCAAUGAAAUCUUCUAACACAUUAAUUUAAAAUUCGCAGCAAUCUCUUUCUUAGAAAAGUAAGAGUUUACACAAGACAAUGGGGUUUGCAUAUCCCCGACGGUUUCUGUAACGCGGCGCGUGCGAACUCUAAUCCACCUUUGAUGCUCUCGAGCUCCAAACUCUGCCUUAUUUUUUGAUGGCAAGACUGAAUAAUGCCAGUCUAGCAUGGCUGUCUCUACAACUCAUGCCAUCCCUGGACCGACAUGGCAUUUAGCCGCGUCUAUUCGGACCCUCCGUCCAAGAGCAUCUCUAGGACUUUCGCGGUCAUGUUGCUGUCUAUACUAGCGUCUUUAUACUUUCUCCACUGCCUCGCGGAGCGAUCCGGGACCUGUAUCCCCACGGAGAGAAGAGAAACGGGUCCGGUGGAGGGAUUUUACGUCUCGAAACUGAAAGAUUUUGAGUCGCUGAAGAGAAAGAGACUUAAGAAAUGGACCUCCACGAGACCUCUGGUGAUGAGGCGCCACAGCUUAAUCCACCGGCUCGGAAGGGUCAGUGAAGAGAAUCUUCCUGGACUUGAGGCAAACGUAAAGAUGUCGAACUCUUCGGAUGUAUAUUUGGAGCCGGGAGGCUCGUAUUUUGAUACAGGUAAACUGAGGACGUUAGGUGAGGGCAGUAAGAAGCUGCCUCAGGCAAUCAUCAUCGGCGUGAAAAAAGGUGGAACGCGCGCGCUGCUGGAGUUUCUGCGCGUGCAUCCAGAUAUUCGCGCGGUCGGAGCGGAGCCGCACUUCUUCGACCGUAACUAUGACAACGGACUGGACUGGUACAGGGACCUGAUGCCUAAAACCCUGGAAGGCCAGAUCACCAUGGAGAAAACACCAAGCUACUUUGUGACCCACGAGGCUCCGGCCCGGAUCUACGCCAUGUCCCGCGACACCAAACUGAUCGUGGUGGUCCGGGACCCCGUCACACGAGCCAUCUCUGACUACACGCAGACACUGUCCAAGAAGCCUGACAUUCCUACUUUUGAGAGCCUGACGUUCAAAAACAGGACUACAGGGUUGAUCGACACCUCGUGGAGCGCCAUUCAGAUCGGCAUCUAUGCCAAACACCUGGACAACUGGCUGCAGUUCUUCCCCAUGAGCCAGAUCCUGUUCGUGAGCGGAGAGCGGCUGAUCAGUGACCCGGCCGGAGAGCUGGGCCGUGUGCAGGACUUUUUGGGGCUCAAGAGGAUCAUCACAGACAAACACUUCUACUUCAACCAGACCAAGGGCUUCCCUUGUCUCAAAAAGGCAGAGGGCAGCAGCAAGCCCCAUUGCCUGGGUAAGACCAAAGGGCGGACCCAUCCAAAUAUUAACCCUGAGGUUGUGCAGAGACUUAGAGACUUCUACAGGCCUUUCAACAUGAAGUUCUACCAGAUGACUGGCAGGAAAUUUGGAUGGGAUGACUGAUAGUGAACAGUGAAAUAGAUCCUGGAUUUGGGAGAAACAAUUAUACUGUGACCUCACAAGCAAAAAAAAUAAUAAAAUCUAACUAUUAUAUCCCCAAAAGUGGU